GGGCUGCUCGUAGCCGUUGCCCGGGAUGGAACCUUCCCGGGAACUCGGGGACGGGGCCCACGCGUCGCGCAGCGGUGGUGCCCCGGGUGCCACUGGUGCGACACCGGCGAUGGCCGGCGUUGCCAAUGACGAGCGUAAGAGACACAACAAACGAUUUUACCCAGGUUCGGGCCACCCGGAGGUGUAAAACAGUACGUCUGGCCUCUGAGUGUGUAUUACUUGAUUGAAAGUGUGUUUACAAGUUGCCGGGAUGGUUCCCACGCUCUUUCUCCUAGUGCUAAGUGGCUACUUGCUAUUCUUGGGUCAAACCCUUUGACCGGUGGCAUUAGUCCUCCUUUUAUAGCCAAGGGGAUACCACAGACGCCGCGGUUUGCAUGGAGACACGUUGCUAGACACGCGUCGGACGGGAAACCUAGGCAGCUAGGCCAUGCUGCAUUGUAAUGCAUGCAAGAUAAAACCUACUGCGGGUAGGGUGAAACGUGCCCUAGAUUCACUGUGAAACGUGCCUCUCUGUCAGAGCAUUUAAUGCUUGUCUUGCGCUGCACUCCACCCUCUGACCAGCCCGCGCAGACAGGGCUUGCCGGGUGAGAGUGUUGCCGGGCAACUCCUCUUGUCCUGGAUCUUGGCCUUGACGUAAGCGCUCACGUCACGCGGUUUUCUCCUCGGCAAGAAGGCCUUGCCGGGAAUGGCCUUGACGAAGAUCUGCAUGCUGCUAUACAGGUGAUCCCCGCAGCGCGGCUUUGCCUAUUCCGGGGUGACCCCCUUCCCGAGGCCUUGCAGGGCUGGUGGCUUCCCGAGCCGUUUCUCCUCCGCGACCCGGGACGCCGUCCUUGCGGGAGGCAAGCGGGGCGAUCCACGCGUUAAGCAACGGUGGUACCCCAGGUGCCACUUGUGCGACAGUAGCCCCCGAGCGUGGGCCGGCAACGCCAGUUCCCGGGUAGAAUCUUCCUCGAUCGGUUGUCGGGCUACGCCCUAAACGACGCGUGGGUCCCCAAGGGAGCUUGGGUUCCCGGCCAUGACCCGUCCCAGGGACUCCGCCAUUCCGGGCGAAGUGGUGGGGUGCGAGAUUUCCGCCCUUACUCCCCCUAAUUACGGGGAUAGUUAAGGCCACGUCACACACUCCCUUUUGAUGCGUCAUUACUCCCAAGCACGCCUGUUAGACGUGGAUGUGGCCGUUGCUCCUCGCCAGCACGCAAUAAAAACCCAUCGCCGUACUAGGAAGCGGUCACUUUGGCCUCAGCAUUUCCUCACCAUCCCAAUCCCUCCUUGCGCCCCUAAUCCUGCCUAGCACUACCCGCACUCCCCAUGGCGCCCAAGGUUCCCAAGAAAGGAAAGGGCUCCACGGGCACUGCGGGCGGCAAGGCUGUGAAGGCCAAGAAGCCCGUGUCGGAGAAGGAGCAGAAGAACAGGGAGAUGCGGGCCAAGCAGGCUUUCUUCAAGCCCGGCUACAACGUCGAAGGGGUUGACAAGAUCCGCCACGCCGUCGCGUCCUCGUUCAACGAGAACGGCGGGACGCUCAUCUUCCCCGCCGGUGGCGACCACCAGGAGAACGACUUCCGGGUGUUCGCCCGCUUCAUCCUAGCCGGGUUUGUGCCGCCAUACUCGCUCUUCCUCCAUGCUCUAAUGUCGGCAUACCAGCUCAGGAUUGCAUAGCUCCACCCCACCUCUCUUUCUCCUCGCGGUAUUCCAAUUCCUCUGCGAGGGGUUCAUUGGGGUGAUGCCGUCGGUGGCGCUGUUUCGCCACUACUUUUACCCCCGCGUCGAGCAGACCGGGGCGAUGUCGUCUGGAGUCUCGUUCCGCGCCAGGGAAAAGAUGAAGUCGGAGUUCAUCGUCCGGAGCGACAAGAAGAUUGAGAAGGAGUGGCACGCGGGCUGGGGCUGGGUGCGUGUCGAGGAGCCGGAUGAAUUCCUCCACGCACCCACGGAGCUGCCGGAAGCACACGGCAACUGGGGGGACCGCGACGCGGAGCUCCUUCCCAUCGUCAAGAAGAUCAAGGCCCUGCGCUUGGCGGGGCUCACGGAUCUGGAUGUAGCGCACACCUACAUCAGCCGGCGCAUCGCGCCACUGCAGUGGCGGACAUGCCCCGCGUGGAUGUACACGGGGCCCGGGGACAACACUUGCCUGCAACGCGAGGGGGUGUCGCCGGAAGCAAUCAGGACGUGGGUGAAGGGGAUCAUCGGCGAGGACGCCCCGUUCAUGGAUCUGUCUCCCGGGGCAGCAUCACUUCAUGCUGAUGUCGCGGGCCUCCACGACAUCGUCGGCAGCUACCCACCCUUCAACGAGUGGGGGCUGAUGUCUGAGCCCCCGGCAUCCGCCCCGCAACCGCCGCCCCCUACCACCCGCGGGAAGCAGGUGGCCGAGGAGAGCGAUGUGGAGUCGGAGCCCGGGUGGUCCAGCGACGAGCCCAGUGGCGGCGAGACCAGGGGCGGCGCUGGAGUUCACGUGGUCGUCCUAGAAGCGGUGGAGGAUGAUGAGCCACUAGUGCGGCGACCAAGAGCGCCGGCGGCGGGGGUGUCCGGUGGGAGUUCAUCAUCCACCGGCCCCACGGCCCCCGCGGCCCUGGCUGCGCCCCCAGAGCCGACAACAGCGGCCACUCCAGCCCCCGCAGCAGUCGAGGCAACCCCGGCAGCCUCCGCUGCAGCGGCGGCUGUGGCAAUACCAUGAGGAUCUAGAGACCUGCCCGGGCGAGGAAUCUUCAGGCGCUACUCACUCAAGCAUAACCCUCCAAGAGACGACGCUCAAAAGGGGUCCGGCAAGAGGAGUAGGGACGGCGCCGCGCCCUCUGCACCCAGCAAUAAGCCGCGCACUCGAACCAGCACCAGUGCCAGUCUUGCUGGCACGGGGACCAAUGGCGCUGCCGCCGCCAAUCCCAUCCAGGGGGAGGAGGAGCGCGACACAGGCGGUGAUCAGCCUGCCGGCGGUAGACCAGCGACUGGGGCUAGUGUGGAGGGGAACAAGUCUCCCCCCCCCCCCCCAAGCUCAGUGAUCCCGCAAGGUCCGGCGGCGCCCACAACAGGGGUGAGCGGAGCCGUGGUCGACCUCGCCUUCAAGUCGAGAUCAUCGACCUGGAGGACGAGUCGGAAGUGGCCCUCGAGCCAAGCUCCGCCGCCUCGGACAAGGUAGCGGGGGUGCCCGCAAGCCUUGCUGAGGCGGGGCGUCGCAGGGUGCCCCAAGCCACACAGGCCCUGGGCACGGACGCCGCUGCCACCCAGAAGGGUGCAAUGCCUGCUGGGGGCACGGUCCCUCCACUAGACCCGCAGCCCGCAGGCGCGGGCGAGGAGGAAGGUGAGGGAGAGGGGCAACGAGCGCCGCCCCUGCAAGGAAAUGAGGCCCCGCACCAACAGACAUGGACCAUCGGACACAACAUUUGGCUCAUCAAGCUCAACUGGCAUGGACCAAAACUUAGAUAUUGGCUUAGCUUCCUCGAGCUGACAUGGACCAACCCGACCAAAACUAUUGGAUUUCAAACAGACGGGCGGGCAAACUUCAAAAUGUAUGCACCAAUUUCCAUCCGAAGAUUUUCUUGAUCCAAAAUUGUGCAAAUUUUGCUACCCAAAAUUCUCAUACACAGAACAAACUUGCAUUUUGCAAAAAUUGGUCCGAAGUUUUGGCCAUGUGCAAAAUUGGUGGAGAUCAUAAUAACUAUGGUUACACACACAUGCAUCGUUUAUUCAUUUCAGUCUACUCUGGCCUGGAAUCCUGGGCGCAACGCCUCGUACCGUGCAACGAGCAGAGGCUGUCGGCCGUACUGGCAAGUCGCGGAUCCGAGCACGUCACCGGUUGUCGGUUCUUCGAGGAGUAGAGCGCCGGCGGUCGGAUCUUCGAGGAGUAAGGGUGCCGGCAGCGGUGGGUUGCUAGAGAGAUCCAGGAGUGCGGCGGCGGGCGGCGCCUGGCGAGAUCUGGCCGGGUGAAGGCGUUCGGUGGCUGGCACUGGCG